AUGGCUGUGGGCCUCGCGGGGUUUGUGCUCGUCGUUCUGCCGGGGCUUGGUGUCUGCCUGGCUAGCGGUCCUGGGCCCGUGGCGGAGGUGGAGGCCGGCGGGGAAGCGGCGUGGGCGGAGCCAUGGGAUGGCGCGGUCUUCCGGCCACCGUCCCCGCUGGGCUCCGUUGGGGUGGCGCACCGUUCGGGGAGCGCAGGGCCAGGGUGGGAGGAAGGGCUGGACUUGCCCGUGCUCCUGUGGUGGAGCCCUGGGCUGUUUCCUCACUUCCCGGGGGACUCGGAGCUCAUCGAGUGCCCGCGCGGUGCCUGCGUGGCAUCCCGGGACCGACGGGUCCGGGGGAACCCGCGGACGCGCGCCUUGCUCUUCUACGGCACCGACUUCCGAGCGUCAGAGGCGCCGCUGCCGCGCUUGGCGCACCAGAGCUGGGCGCUCCUGCACGAGGAGUCGCCCCUUAACAAUUACUUGCUGAGCCACGCGGCGGGCAUCCGCCUCUUUAACCUGACCGCUACCUUCAGCCGCCACUCGGACUACCCGUUGUCCCUGCAGUGGCUGCCCGGGAUCGCCUAUCUGCGCCGCGCGGCCACCCCACUCCCGGAGCGCUCCGAGUGGCGCCGCCGUGGCUAUGCGCCGCUGCUCUACCUGCAGUCCCACUGCGACGUGCCCUCGGACCGGGACCGCUACGUGCGAGAGCUCAUGCGCUACAUCCCGGUGGACUCCUACGGGAAAUGCCUGCAAAACCGGGAGCUGCCCAGCCCACGGCUGCAGGACACAACCACAGCCACCACCGAGGAUCUAGAACUCUUGACCUUCCUGUCCCGGUAUAAGUUUCACUUGGCCUUCGAAAAUGCCAUCUGUGAUGACUACAUGACGGAAAAACUCUGGCGCCCCAUGCACCUGGGUGCUGUGCCUGUGUACCGCGGCUCUCCCUCGGUGAGGGACUGGAUGCCGAACAAUCACUCCAUCAUCCUCAUUAAUGACUUCGAGUCACCUCAGAAGCUGGCAGAGUUCAUUGACUUUUUGGACAACAAUGAUGAGGAAUAUAUGAAAUACCUGGCCUACAAGCAACCUGGGGGCAUAACUAACCAGUUCCUUCUGGCUAGUCUGAGGCAUCGAGAGUGGGGAGUGAAUGAUCCUUUACUGCCCAACUACCUUAAUGGAUUUGAGUGCUUCGUCUGUGACCAUGAGCUGGCACGGUUGGAGGCCGAGAAAGCACAUGCAGCCUCUCCAGGGGACACCCCUGCCCCUGAGCCUCACAUUGCCCAGCCCUCACACAUGAACUGCCCAAUGCCCACCCCUGGCUUUGGCAAUGUGGAAGAGAUUACUGAGAGUGACAGCUGGAAAGAGAUGUGGGUGCAAGAUUACUGGCAAGGUCUGGACCAGGGGGAAGCUCUCGCUGCCAUGAUCCACAACAAUGAAACACAGCAGAGGAAAUUUUGGGAUUACCUACAUGAAAUCUUCAUGAAAAGGAACCAGAAUCUCUAAUUACCCUUGCAAGAACUUUUAACUCAGUAAAGCUAAGGAAAGAGAAGUCCUUUCUACCAUGAGACUUAAAGGACAUCUACUGGACAAAUCCCUAAGGAACACUGUCUUAUCAUGGACUGAAGAUGCUCCAGUUCGAUUCACUGAUAUUUUAUUCAAAGAUGUGUAGUCCGUAUCUCAGUCUAUGGUAAUAGGGCUUUUUCUCAAGGGGAGGUCGAGGCAUCCGUUUGUGGUUCAAUGGGAAACAGAGGUCUGAAGCACUUAUUUGAUGCAUCGUGCUGCUCCAACAAGUUUUAGAACUGUUCAUUCCUGUGGCCAUUUUAUCCUCUCAGUUGUGAUCACACCACCACCCUAGUACUAGACUACCCGUGAGGUAAGAUGAGCCAGGGUAGGAUCUUACCACUUCGUCCAUUCUCCAAAUUACUGCAAGCCGAGUGCUCACUUGGCCUCUCCAAAUUUCUCAUAUUCAAUACAUCUCCUAAUAAUCUUUUCCUCGCCUUCUUGCUUUAUAAACUGUUAGGUUGGUGGGCAAACAAAACUUCUGGUGGGUUGUAAUCUGGUCCUCAGAGGUGGUAUUUUUAUAUCACAUCAACCUUUUAAUUGCAGAUGACUUUGCCCUUCCUGGUUUUAAGUUCUUCCCUCUCUGGAGCUGCAGUCACCUUGCCACCAAUACCACAUUCAUUCUUUCAUCUCAGUUGCCUAUAGGUUUGGCAGCUUUUCUUAACUCCUGGUUUCUUCUCUAGGACCUAUUGGAAUUCUUCCUUACUUCCUGACACAAAGGUUCAGUGGCUAAUUCAGUGCCAUGUCAAUUUAAUAGCUCAUCCUGUUCUAUUUUAGGUUAGACAUGGAGAAUAAGGCGAGAAAUCAUAGAAAAAGGCUUAUUCAUGUAUAGUAGAUUAAUUUUAAAGUGUUAAAAUAGUCUGUAGGAAUCAAAGAUCACAUUUUUAUUUGGCAAAAGUGGGUUGAGUAAGGCUGCUAACUGCCUGUCAGUCGUUCAAGCUCACUAGCCAUUCUGAAGGAGAAUGAAGCUGUCUGUUUUCAUAGACUUAUCAUUCCAAAACUCCAAAAAGAAGCAGUUCUGCUACGUCUGACAGGGUCACUCUGAGUUGUAUCAACUCUAGGAUGGUGGGUUUCAUUUUGUUUAUUUUUUGGUGGGGGGGGUGUUUGUGUGUGUAUUUUUCUGUUGGCCUAAUGAACUAGUUCCUCUAUUUUAUCAUUUUUAUUUGCUACAAAAGCCCAUUUCCCCACCAAAGAAUCAUGGAAAGUAUGAUAGAAGAAAAAUGUUUAGGGCUGCUAGGAGUGGUAAUCAGCUCAAUAGCAGAGGUUAACUGUGGCUUUCUGGUUUACCCUCACAGAGAAGCCCUGGUGAUGCAGUGGUGAGGUGAGGUAGUUAGCUGCUAACUGGAAGGUGGGUGAGUCCACGGGGAAAAGCCCACCUCUGUGGAGACCACAGCCUUGGAAACCCUGUUGGGACCACUCUGCUUUGUCCUAUAGGGUAGUAGUUGGAAUUGACUCGAUUCGAUAUCAAUGGUGUGAUCAUAUUCUAUACAGUAUUUUUCUAUUGGAAGCGAAUAUCCCAGCAUGUUCACUCUGUAAUUGAUAUCCCUUUAUACAACUUUAUAGUGGUCACAGAUACUACUUGUAUCUGUGUUGGAGCCCACCCAAGGGCUCCAGGUGGUAAAGAGGCUUGGUACCACAAGCGGCUGGCUAAAUAAAAAUUUAGUUACAUUUGGUAAUGGAGGCAAACUUUUAAACUGCUGUGGUUUGAACAUCAGCCUAAUUCCUUCUGGGUAAGGAGACCAAUGGUUUUUUUCUGAGGCACUGGAACUAGAAAUACCUUGGGCCCUUGAGCUAUUCUGAUAGUAAAUAGGUUGCAUGUGGUAUAUUAGUUGCUUUAACAGUUUGGAUCUACACUUAAUAAUGUGAUGUCUAAGGACUUGCGCACCAAGCAAAGCUGUCAUUUAGGCUUGAUUUUGCUACCACUUUGGUUCUUUUUCAGUUUAUUCAAUAUAAAAUGCCCUUGUAACAGCACAGAAACAGGACUCUGUUUUCUAAUUGAUAUAGUGUAAAGUUCAUACUACACAGUGCAAACCUCAGUUAGGACUCAGAGUUCAUUAUUUGCAAUAAAAAGGUAAGGGAAAAUAUGCAAGAGUCAUUCUGAGCUCACUAACUCACCUGGGCAUUUGUUUAGCACUUUAAAAGUGCCCAGUGGGCUGCUAUAUAUGAAGGAUGUGGGUACAGACUAGGGUCUGCUCUGUGGUCAACUGUUUCCCACACUCUCUUUUUAAAUUUUUUUUUUUAUUUCUUUUUAAUUUUUAUUUUUUUAACAGUUUUAAUAGCACUUCUUC